GGGGAGGCUGGGGGAACGAGGUGUGCGCUGCUGCGCAGGCGCGGUGGUCGGACGACAGACCGUGUGUUUCCAAAAUGGCGGCAGCGAUGGAUGUGGAUACCCCGAGCGGCACCAACAGCGGCGCGGGCAAGAAGCGCUUUGAAGUGAAAAAGUGGAAUGCAGUAGCCCUCUGGGCCUGGGAUAUUGUGGUUGAUAACUGUGCCAUCUGCAGGAACCACAUUAUGGAUCUUUGCAUAGAAUGUCAAGCUAACCAGGCGUCUGCUACUUCAGAAGAAUGUACCGUCGCAUGGGGAGUCUGUAACCAUGCUUUUCACUUCCACUGCAUCUCUCGCUGGCUCAAAACACGACAGGUGUGUCCAUUGGACAACAGAGAGUGGGAAUUCCAAAAGUAUGGGCACUAGGAAAAGACUUCUUCCAUCAAGCUUAAUUGUUUUGUUAUUCAUUUAAUGACUUUCCCUGCUGUUACCUAAUUACAGAUUAGAUGGAACCGUGUUUUUUCUGCUUUGUUUUUUCAGUUUGCUGUUUCUGUAGCCAUAUUGUAUUCUGUGUCAAAUAAAGUCCAGUUGGAUUCUAGAA